UCAGUUCACAAAUGGUGGGAAUUUGGCAAAGAUCUGCAGGAGCCCUGAGCAUGUCUAUCACGUGGAGCCCAGUCCCGUGUGUCUGUCUCCAGCCGCCUGUCGUCUCUCCUCGUGCUGAGACUGUACGUGUCUCAGGGUAGGGACGUCUCGUGCAUCCCCUGGCACGACAAGGCCCUGAUCCCGGCUGGGGAUCCUGGGGCGCCACUGCGAGGCAAAGAACAAAUAAUGAAAGUAGCAGGAAGCCGGGUGUGCGGAAGCGAAAGUAACCGGGGCUGAGGCCGGGGCCGGGGCCGCACCGCACCGCACGAUGCCCCUCGCCGUGGCGCCCGGCCUCCUCCUGCUGCUGCUGGCGAGCGGGACACGGGGAGCCCUGGUGGUCUCUGUCCCCACCUCUCCGGUGCGGGCCCAGCCGGGCUCCGACCUGCUCCUGGGCUGUCACUUCUCUGUGGGGGGGGCUGUGGACAUGGACGCCCUGGUGGUGCAGUGGAAGCUGGGGGGCCGCCCGGUGGCCGAGUUCGGUGAGGUCCAGUCGUACUUCAGGACUGGGGCCAGCCUGUCCCUGGAGGGGCUGCGGGUCGGCAACGCCUCCCUGCUCCUCCCGCGGGUGGGGGGCACCGACGCUGGGCUCUACACCUGCUCCAUCAUCCACUCCCCGAGCCGGGAGAGUCGGCAGGUGGAGCUGCGUGUGGAAGCCCCGCCCCGUGUCUCAGUGAGCGGCACUGUGGUGAGGGCCGGUGAGCACAGCACCGUGACCUGCAGCGUGAACAGCUUCUACCCCGAGAGCGUGAACGUCACAUGGCUGCGGGACAAGCAGGUCGUGGGGGGCCCCGAGACACCCCUCGCCCAGCCGGGCCCUGAUGGCCUGUACAGUGCGACCAGCCUCCUCCAGCUUGUGCCCAGCAUCUCCCACGCCGACGCCAACUACUCCUGCCGUGUGCAGCACAUCACCCUGGGGGCGCCGAUCCAGGAGCCCUUCCGGCUCAGCGUGUUGUCCCAGCCACGACUGACCCUGCUGCAGCCCUUGGUGACGCUGGAGGGGCAGGUCACUCUGCAGUGCCUGGUGAGCGGCUACCACCCCCCCGACAUCACGGUGCAAUGGCUGCGGGAUGGGGACCCCCUGGUCACCAUGGAGUCGUCCCCCACAAAGGAAACAGACGGGUCCUUCGCCUUCCGCAGCAGCUACAUCCUCAACCACCCAGAGAGCAACGCCCAGGCCAACUUUGCCUGCCGCGUGCAGCACUCGGCGCUGAGCACCCCGCUGGAGAGCACAGCCACCUGGACAGUGCCCACGUGCACCAAGACGUGUUUACGGGUCAUUGGACUGAUCCUGCUGGUCUUGCUGCUGCUGCUUGCCACGUGGAUCGUGUACCAGUGCUGCAACAUCAGCAUUUCCCAGAUCCAUGUCCGGGAGUGUUUUCCGGAGGGCAGUGUCACCAUGCUGCUCUGCGAGGCAGAGGGGAGGCUCCGCGACACUGACAGCCUGACCUGGAGGAGCCUGCGCCUGGGGAAGGAGCUGGGCUCUGGGCAGCCCGGGGAGCUGAGCGCACUGAUGCCGAAGCCGGAGCAGCACCAUGUGGUGACGUGGCGGCACCGCCUUGGGCUGGGCAGGCAGCGGCUCACGUCAGUCCUCACCAUCCAGUCCCCACGUGACAAAGAAUCUUUCAGCUGCACGUUCCGGCUGGGUGCAAGGGACAUGCAGCAGACACAGAUCACAAUCCCCGGCGUGGCGGCGGUGCCACAAGCUCCAGUUCUGGGUGAGAUCUCCCGGCUACAGGUCCUGGCCCCCGGGGAGCCGGUUACACUGAGCUGCCAAAUAUCCAGGUUCUACCCCAAGGAGCUGAGCGUGACCUGGCACCGACGGGGAAGGGGAGAGCCGGCGUUCAGGAGCUUAGACAACCUGCACACACACAAGAUUGACACCCCAGACCCCAUAGACAGGAAAUCCUACAGUGUGACAUCCCAGCUCCGCUUCACCCCCAUGGUGCCCGAGGACGAGGGGGCAGAGUACCGCUGUUACGUGGAACAUGAAACCCUAAAGACGGCUGAAGAAAAAUCCACUGGGCCGCUGGAGCUGCGAGGUUGCCCCCUUCUCGAUGGAGACAUGGCCAUUUUUUGACUCUCCUGCACUCACGCCACGGGCAGUGCUGGGGAGAGAGAGCCAGCUGCAAACCACUCUGAGAGGAGAGAACAAACUGACCCCUAAUGAUGCUGUGUGAUCGACAUGUGUCCGUGUAUAGCAUUGGUGUUGCCACUGUGCUACAACUGCAAGAGAACUUGCACUAAGCAUGUCACGUCUGGCACCACUGAGAAAGUUGUGAAUUGCUGAGUGUGGAUAUCUUGCUUAUAUAUGUACGCCUCCCAUUCACUGGCCCAGAAUGAGGUUGUUUGAGAUCGGGGAAGCCUGUUUGUGACCUUUUACACAACUUUAGGGGACUGGGCCUGAGCCUUCUGUGUGUGCUCUGCAUUGUGUGUCAGUGUGUUCAUCUCAGACCAGGCCACCAGAGAGCGCGACCACACUGUCCCGUUAAGGCGCUUUAAGCUGCUAAGUGUUGACUCAGGCUAUGGCUACACAAGAGACUUCAAAGCGCUGCCCCGAGCACUCCUU